UCCCUUCAAAUUCUCCUUGUUGCAUGCAUGCAAAACUUAUAUAAAGCAAUAUGGAAAACCAAGGGAAUAUCAAAAUUUCAUUUGCUUUUAACACAUUUUUCUCUAAGCUUCUUGGAUCUGAGAAAAAAAUGGCUCAGCAUUACAACCUAACCUCUCUCUUCCUGCUCACAUUUAUCUACUUUAUGCAUGACCACAUGAUAACUACUGCAACCGCACGUCGCCUUUUAGAGACGCCUCUCCCUGAAAUUCCUAAACCAGAAUUCUCGAAAGCUCUAACCUUGCAAAAGCAUGAAAUUUCAAGUGUUUUGAAACUCGAAAUUCCAACUUGGACAAAGUCAGAGAUACCUGCUGGCCCAAAGCCUGAGGUCCCAGCAGCUUCGAAGCCCGAGUUUCCAAGUUGGCCAAAGCCCAAACUUCCAUCUUGGCCAAAGCGUGAAGUCCCAGCUGCGCCGAAGCACGAACUUCCAUCUUGGCGAAAGCCAGAGGUCCCAGCUGCGCCGAAGCCUGAACUCCCAAGUGUGCCAAAGGCCGACCUUCCAUCAUGGCCAAAGCCCGAGAAACCUGCCGCUCCAAAGCCCGAGUUCCCAAAUUGGCCGAAGCCCGAGCUUCCAUCUUGGCCAAAGCCCGAGAAACCUGCCGCUCCAAAGCCGGAGUUCCCAAGUUGGCCAAAGCCUGAGGUCCCAGCUGCACCGAAGCCCCAACUUCCAUCUUGGCCAAAGCCUGAAGUCCCAGCUGCGCCGAAGCCCGAGCUUCCAUCUUGGCCAAAGCCUGAGGUCCCAGCUGCACCAAAGCCCGAGCUUCCAUCUUGGCCAAAGCCUGAGAAACCUGCUGCUCCAAAGCCCGAGUUUCCAAGUUGGCCAAAGCCCGAGCUUCCAUCUUGGCCAAAGCCCGAGAAACCUGCUGCUCCAAAGCCCGAGUUUCCAAGUUGGCCAAAGCCCGAGCUUCCAUCUUGGCUGAAGCCUGAGGUACCAGCUGCGCCGAUGCCUGCAAAGCCUGAGCUUCCAUCUUGGCCAAAGCCUGAGACACCUGCUGCUCCAAAGCCAGAGUUUCCAAGUUGGCCAAAGCCUGAAAUCCCAAGUGUGCCAAAGCCCGAGCUUCCAUCUUGGCCGAAGCCUGAGGUCCCAGCUGUGUCAAAGCCCAAGCUUCCAAGUUGGCUAAAACCUACACUUUCUCCACCACACCAACCCGCUACUCCUUGAGUAACUACGGUGUCGUUCGUGUGCUUUGUUGGCAGAAUAAUUCAUUUGUAGUAUUUGGUCUCGAAUGUUCCUUGUUAACGAGUUAUUAAGUCUUACUUUUAUGUAUUUCUUAUAUGGUGUAUUAAAGCUAUAAGCAAUGUGACAUUCGGGAGUUACUUUGAUAUAUAUAAGUUUUGUCGUUAGCCAUUUCA